CUCUGUCUCCCUCCUCUGCCUCCUCCUCUGCAGCGCUCUGUCCAGCCAACUGGAGCCUCUGGUCCUGCAGCAUCAGCUGGGUCCAGCGUUGCAGACCAGGCCCCUGCUGCAGUCCUCGGACCUGACGGCAUCCCAGGCUGGGAUAAGGUCCAGGACUUGGCCGAGUACCUGGUGACCCUGCGUCAGGCUCUCUACCUGGACGAGCAGCAGGUCAGAGGUCAUCUGCCUGUGACCUCUGACCUGGACAAGAGGAGGAUCAAUUACCAACCCAGGCACCAAGCCCAGCUGGCACACGGCCGCUUUAAGGCCCCCAAGAAUACGGGCGUCACCCCGGGUGUGGACAGUGUCAAGAGGAGCCUGAUUGGUCCUCCAGGGGGACCGGCUCAGUGGCCCAGCACCAGUCGUCUAGUUGAGGCUCUGUGCAUUAAAUUGUGUUCAUUGCACAAGUCCCCAACAAAAAAGGAUGGAGUGCGGCUUCCUCGGUGGACCAAAGUUCUCACCGACUACCACCACAUCUGAGACCUGGUGCUGGACUGCCACCCCCUGAUGGAGGCCACCUCUCUGCAGCUUUUUGUCCUCAAUCAGAGGACUCUGACACAGUGGUUUAAUCGAAGGGAGAGCACGCAGGAGAUCAGUGUCCUCACCCAGGGCCUUGCUGCAGAGGACCACAUCGUUGUGGCCAGCUCACAGCUGCCUCCUCCACGGGAGAAGCUGGACGAAGCACCGUCCCCCUCAGGACUCCAGCAUGAGUUUGCCCUCCCGCCAAACAGAGCAGGUAAGGCUCCUAAGCUGCGGCCAGGCAGACGACCUGCUAGUGCCACCGUCCUGCAGCCCGUCACCCCAGCAGUUCCUCUUCCUAUCCCAGCUCAGCUUCUUUUAUUGAACCCUGGGUCGACAGUGAUGGCAGCAGGUCAUCACAGGGCUGCUCCUCCCCUGGCUCCUUAUUUAACACCUGCCACACAGGUGGCUCCUGCACCCACUGCCCCUGCGUCUGUGUCCCGCUUCACUGAGAGGAACAGGCGACGCAGGGCAGAAGAGGAGGCCACCGGGAGCCAGAAACAAAAGUAUGUGAGAGAAGUGGCUUUUAACAAGUGCAGCAAAUGUGGGCAGCCAAAAACAAAAGAGUUUGGCCACAGCCGAUUUGGCAGCGCCACUUUCUGCCCCAGUGCUUCAGGGGCAAAUCCUUGGAGCAGUGGCUGGCAGAACAGCGGCAGCUGAAGAAACCAGGAAACCCACCCUAAUAAUGAUGAUAAUAAUAAUAAUAAUAAUAAUAAUAAU